ACGCCAGAUCCUCCGCUGCCGGCGAGGAGAGAGGAAAGAGAAAAAUCGCCUGAGAGAAGGCAGAGACUGAACUGUUGCGUGCGCCCCAAAAAAUGCACGUUUGGCUAGCGGUGGCCUGUUUGGCCGCCUGCGGCCCAUGGGCGGCCGGCGAACUGCUGACGCCGCCGUACUUCAAUUUGGCCGAGGGUCGCCGCAUCACGGCCUCGGCAACCUGCGGUGACGGCACAUCCAGCCCUGAACUCUACUGCAAACUGGUCGGCGCCACCACUGAAGAGAAUGAGAAUAUCAUUAACGGACAGGCAUGCGAUUACUGCGACCAAACGAAGCCCAACAAGUGGCACCCUGCGGAAAACGCUAUCGACGGCACAACCCGCUGGUGGCAAAGUCCUCCGUUGUCCAGAGGCUCCAAGUACAACGAGGUCACCCUGACCAUCGAUUUGGGACAGGAAUUCCACGUCGCUUAUGUAUUCAUCCGCAUGGGAAACUCUCCGCGGCCCGGCGUCUGGGCCCUGGAGAGGUCUGUGGACAACGGUUUGACCUACAAGCCCUGGCAAUACUUCGCUGACACUCCAAGUGACUGCGAGAGUUACUUCGGCGUUGAAAGUCUACAGCCAAUCACGCGCGAUGACUCCGUCAACUGCGACACGCAGUUCUCCAAAGUUGUCCCGCUGGAGGGUGGCGAGAUGUUUGCGUUUGUCGUGAAAAAUCGACCUUCCGCCAACGACUUCUUCAACUCCACCGUCCUGCAGGAGUGGAGUAGGGCCACCAACAUCCGCAUGCGUCUGCUCAGAACCAAAACGCUGCUUGGUCACCUCAUGUCCGUUGUCCAACGUCAGGACCCCACCGUAACUAGAAGAUAUUACUACUCAAUCAAAGAUAUCAGCAUUGGCGGUCGAUGCGUUUGUAACGGCCACGCGGACACGUGCGACAUCACUGACCCCAACGACCCCUACAAGCUACGUUGUCGGUGCCAGCACAACACGUGCGGCGCCCAGUGCGAGCAGUGCUGUCCUGGCUUCGUGCAAAAGGCGUGGCGCCAGUCCAAGUCGAACCAGAUCUUCCAAUGCGAACCUUGCAACUGCUUCGGACAUAGCGAUGAGUGCGAGUACGAUCCCGAGGUGGACAAGAAUAUGGAGUCGCUCGACAUCCACGGCCGCUAUGAGGGUGGUGGUGUGUGUCAGAAUUGCCGUGACAACACCGAGGGCAACAACUGUGAACGCUGUAAAAGUCGGUUCUACAGGCCCUUCUCCGUCUUCCUCAAUGACACCAACGUCUGUCAACCUUGUCAAUGCGAUUAUCACUAUGCGACUGGUAACUGCGCGGAGGGCUCGGGUCAGUGUGAGUGCCGACCCGAAUUCCAAGAACCCAACUGCGACCGCUGCAGCUUUGGCCACUUCGGCUACCCAGACUGCCGGCCGUGCGAGUGCCACAUCAACGGCACCCGCAACGGCCAGUGCGAGGCGACGCAAGGCGCGGACGGCGUGCAAUGCCCGUGCAAGAGGGGCUACACUGGCAGCUUCUGCAACCAGUGCUCCGAGGGCUACUACAACUUCCCCGAGUGCGUCGAUUGCGGCUGCAAUUCGGUCGGAGCCACGUCCAGCGUCUGCGAUCUGUCCUCAGGACAGUGCGUCUGCAAGAACAAUUUUGGAGGACGCACUUGUGAAGUUUGUCAGGACGGUUACUAUCAAUACCCUGACUGUUUGUAUUGCGACUGCGACAACAAGGGCACAGAGCCCGGCAUUUGUAACAAAGAGGACGGCCAGUGCCUGUGCAAGGAAGGCUACGGUGGUGCCAGGUGCGACCAGUGCGUACCUGGCUACUACGGAUACCCUGAAUGCAGACCGUGCGGCUGCAGCGGCAACGGCAGCAACUCUGACGUGUGCGAUGUCGUGAGCGGCCGGUGCCGCUGCAAGGGCAACUUUGCCGGCCGCACCUGCGACCAGUGCAGCCCUGGAUACUUCAAGUACCCUGAGUGCUUCGCCUGUAACUGCGACGGAAGUGGCUCCAUUGGCAUUUCCUGCGACAAUGACGGCACAUGCCAGUGCCACAAGAACUUUGACGGCCUGCAGUGCGAGCGGUGCAAGGAAGGCUUCUACAACUUCCCUAUUUGCGAAGAAUGCAAUUGCGACCCAGCUGGCGUCAGCGAGGCUUUCCAGGGCUGCGGCUCAGUGCCCGCUGGAGAGCUGUGCGAAUGCAAGAGUCGCGUUCAGGGCAGGAUCUGCAACGAGUGUAAGCCGCUUUUCUGGAAUCUGCAGACCUACAACUCGGAGGGUUGCGAAGAGUGCUCUUGCAACGAGGCUGGCACUGUUGGCGGCAUCCGGGUUUGCGACACCAAGAGUGGCCAGUGCAUGUGCAAGCCGUCGGUCACGUCCAGGAAGUGCGAGGAGUGCGUCGAUGGCACUUAUGACUUGAUGGAGAGCAAUCUCUUUGGAUGCACUGAUUGCGGCUGCGACAUUGGCGGCUCAGUGAACAGCGUUUGUAACAAGGUGACGGGACAAUGUCUGUGCCAGCCUCGAGUGUCAGGCCGCACGUGCGACGAGCCCCUGCAGCUGCACUUCUUCCCCACCCUUUACCAAAUGCAGCACGAGGCUGAGGACGGCCGCACCCCGGCCGGCACCUCGGUGCGCUUCGCCUACGACAAGAACGAUUUCCAGGACUUCUCGUGGAAGGGCUACGCCGUCUUCUCGCAAUUGCAGAACGAAAUCGUGCACGAGGUGAACAUCCAGAAGCCGUCGCUGUACCGCAUGGUGCUGCGCUACGUCAACCGCAACCCUGACGCCGUCGUCGGCUACAUCACGAUCAAGCCAGACAACCCGGGCAGCACGGACGUGGAGCAGUCCUUCAAGGUGCUGUUCAAACCGACCGACGAACCCGACCUGGUUACCGUGGCCGACCCAGUGCGCGGCAUUCCGUUCCAUUUAGUCAUGAACCCUGGACACUGGCACGUGCACACCAAGAUCGACAAGCCAAACGUGUUCCUUGACUACUUUGUCCUCCUGCCGUCUGCUUUUUACGAGGCUAACAUCCUCGUCAGCAGCGCCAACAAGCCGUGCUUGCUCGAAAACCAAGCGCUCUGCACUCAUUACAAAUAUCCGAGCUGCAAUCGCUUUGAUGUAGUGCGUGGAGAAGGAGGCUUCAUUGACAACAACGGAAUCAGAGAGCAAUUCAGAGAGUACUUCACUGAUGAUAAGCGACUGGACCAGCUCGGUCUAACUGGUGACUUCCCUCUGAUCAACCCUGACCAAGACGAGGUGCGGCUUGACAUGCGUGUCACCAAACCAGGACCGUACGUCAUACUCAUCAACUACUUCUCUCCCAACGAAAAUUCAGAGCCAUCCACUCUAGAAGUUGAAACCAGAUCGCAAACGGGGCAAAACAAGGGGAACGUAGUCUUGUACCAGUGCAGCUACACCACCAUCUGCCGGCAAGCCGUCACCGACGACGACGGUAAAGUUGCGAUUUUCAACUUUGAUUCGAACGCCAUCAGCAUCGUGCUAAAGGGUGGAAACAACGAAACCAAUGUUGCUCUGGACAGUGUGGUGGCUAUCCCGUUGGACAGGUGGCACAUGGACUACAUCAUGCCGAGGGCAGCGUGCGUGCGCAAGGACGGCGAGUGCCUGCAAGCCACCUUCCCGCUGCCGCCGUCGUCGAAGCGAGUCGAGUUUGAACAAGACCCUGAGCGCAUCGCCAAAGAGCUGCCGUCAGGAAUCGUCGACCCUGACGCAACUCUGGUCUACCUGGAUAAAAUCAUUGACAUCGCUGGACAGGUGCCCCAGGAGGGCAAAUACGUGUUCAUUGUUCACUUCUAUCAGCCUGAUUUCCCAGAGUUUGAAGUGAAUGGAUUGGUGCACAAUGGCCAAAUGUACGAGGCAAAAUUAAUGGUGCCUCACUGCCCAUCCAACUCAGGCUGCAGAGGAGUAAUUAAGCAGAUUGACGGUAGCCAUGAAUUCUCUCUGACCCAAAAUUUCCACCUUACGUUGAGGGAAUUGCCCAACAAAGGCAUGUGGCUGGAUUACGUGAUCGUCGUCCCCGCAGAACACUACCGUCCAAACUUGUUGCACGAAGUUCCACUCGAUCGGACGGGCGUUUUCAUUUCCCAAUGUGGCAAAAACAACUUUUACAUCGAUGCAAACACCACAGGUUUCUGUCGUGAAGCCGUCUUCUCGCUGACCGCGGAGUUCAAUAACGGAGCCCUUCCUUGCAAUUGCGACUUUUCCGGCUCAACGAGCUUCGAGUGUGACAGUUUUGGCGGCCAGUGCCCCUGCCGGGAAAACGUCAUCGGACGCCGGUGUGAAGCUUGCAAAACAGGCUACUACGGCUUCCCCGAGUGCAAGCCCUGCGACUGCCCCUCCACUGCCCUUUGCGAUGUCAACACAGGCGCUUGCAUCUGUCCUCAUAACGUGGUUGGCGAUAAAUGCAACCAGUGCGAAGCAUACACCUACGGUUUCGACCCUAUUAUUGGUUGCGAGGAGUGCAACUGCAACAGGCUCGGUGUGAACCGAUUCAACCUCCAGUGCGAUCUUGAAACCGGCUCUUGCGACUGCAAAGAAAACGUGGUGGGCAGAACUUGCGACCACUGCGAGGCAGGCCAUUGGUACUUCCCUGACUGUGCUACAUGCAACUGUGACCUCAGGGGCACCACACCAGAAAUUUGUGACCAGACCACUGCGAUGUGCCACUGCAAAGAAAACGUCCAAAGCGCCUCUUGCGACUACUGCAUUGAUGGCACAUUCAACCUGAAAGCAUCGAACCCUGCAGGCUGCAGCAAGUGCUUCUGUUUUGGCAAGGCUUCUCGCUGCAUGUCUUCUAGCCUUUUCUAUUCACCAGAAAUGCUUAUGGAUGGUUGGACGAUCGCGACCGUGUUGCCAGACGCCGAGGUGGAGCCGAUUGAAGUGUCACUGAGCUACACUCAAUACCACGUGCUGGCAGACUUGUCCCCAGAACACGUCCUAAAUAAAAUCGCCUAUUUCGUCGCGCCCGAGGACUACCUCGGCAGAAAGUUGCACUCGUACGGCGGCCAGCUGAAAUUCAUCAUCAUGUACAACAGCGGAAUUUUCGGAGCCGCAGUCCACGCGGCUGACGUGAUAUUGCGCGGCGCCGGCAUCGAGCUGAUGCACUUCAGCAUAGAGCAACCGGCCGCGGCGCAAUUCUGGACGCACAGCGUGCAACUGCUGGAGGAGAACUUCCAGCUGCAGAGUGGUGCUCCGGCAACCAGGGAGCAGCUCAUGCAGGUGCUCCACUCGUUCACCGGACUUUACAUCAGGGCAACUUACUGGGAAUCCACUAUCACCGUCAGACUGGAUAAUGUGACGAUGGAAGUGGGAAUGCCUCCAGAGCAGGCGAUCACCCACGAGCACAGCGCGUUGGACGUCGAGGAGUGCGCAUGUCCACCCAACUACCAGGGUCUAUCUUGCGAAGACUGCGCGCCAGGCUACUUCCGGGCACAGACCGGACCUUACGGUGGCUUCUGCACACCUUGCCAAUGUAACGGACACGCUGAUACCUGCGACCCGAUCACCGGCGUCUGCAUCAACUGCAAACACCACACCACUGGUGACCAUUGCGAGAUGUGCGAAGUGGGCUACCACGGUGACGCCACCAGGGGAGACUGUCUCAUUUGCGCCUGCCCUCUGCCUUACACCUCUAACAAUUUUGCUACCGGCUGCAAUGUCUCGUUGGACGGACAGUGGAUUUCGUGCCAGUGCAGGCCAGGCUACGCAGGUGCCAGGUGUGAAGCAUGUGCGUCUGGCUUCUACGGACGGCCUGAGGUCGAAGGUGAUUACUGCCGACCUUGCGAGUGCUCUGGCAAUAUCAACGCUGAAGACCCUGGUUCUUGCGACUCGAUCACUGGAAAGUGCAUCAGCUGCCUGAACAAUGCCGCCGGUGACGCCUGUGCUAUUUGCAGACCUGGCUUUUUCGGCGACGCCGUGGAACUCAAAGAUUGCCAAGUGUGCGAUUGUGAGGAGAGUGGCACGGAACACUGUGACAGCUACACAGGUCGUUGCGAGUGUUUGCCAAAUGUCGAGGGUGAAAGGUGCGACCGCUGCGCAUACGACCACUGGAAUUUCGAUUCGAGAGAAGGCUGCACAUCAUGCGACUGCGGAGUGGCGUCGCUCGCCAGUCAGUGCGAUGAUAAAACUGGACAGUGUCAGUGCAAACCGGGCGUUGCGGGCCAGAAAUGUGACAGGUGUGCUCCAGGCUUUUGGGAUUACACCCCUGAAGGAUGCAGCACUUGUGGUUGUAACACCAAUUUCUCCCGCGGAGUUGGCUGCAAUCCUAAGACCGGCCAGUGCGAGUGCCUGAGUGGCGUGGAGGGUGAGAAGUGCGACCACUGCCCACACCGCUGGGUGCUCAUUCCCGACCAGGGAUGCUUUGGAUGUGACUCGUGCAUCGACGACCUCCUCGACGUCACUGACGAACUGCAGCGUGCUAUUGAUCCCAUCAUGGAUGAAUUUGAUACUGUUGCUCUGGGAUAUUUCACCACGCAAAGGCUGAUCUAUAUCAACGAGUUUGUUGAUGAACUGCAGCCAAAAGUGAUCACUUUGAACCCAGAUAAGGUGGAUUUAACUCCUCUACAGACCAGUGUUGAGGCACUCGAGCAAGAUCACCGCUCAGUUAACCGAAGGAGCCAAUACGCACUGACCAACUCGGAAAAACUGAACGGGCACAAGUUGUACGCCGAUGCUCUGGAGGUUGAUGAUCUGAUUGGUCAGGCGGUCAGCCACUCUCACAUCGUAGUGAUGGAGGUUGACGAUCUGGCAUACAGCCUUGACGGUGGCGCCAGUCCCCAGGCGGCACUCCAAGCCCUGCAGGAGGCGGAGGCCAUCCUCGAAGAAAUCAAGGCGAAAAACUUGAGCGCCAGCCGGAGCGAGGCGAAAGACGUGUUAGCUAAAGUGCACGACCUGGAAGAUGCGAUGCAAGAAUUUGAGCUGCCGAUCACCAACCAGACGGCUGCUCUGAACGACCUGAGCGAAAAAGUGGCCGAGUUCGUCGAAAAGCUUGAGGAUUUGAAGCAACACUCCGAGGAGACGUUCAAAAAGGCUGACGACCAGGCUGUUUUGAAUUUGGCUGGAAAGAGUGAACGCCUGGCUCAAAAGGUGGAAAGAGCGGUGAACUCCACUGGUGCUGCUAAAACUGCCCUCAAAAACGCAGAAGACUUGAAUAAGGAGACAGAGGAACUCUUAAAUGAGGCUAAAGAUAAUUUCAACAAAUUGUCUGAGACCAAUAAGAAUGUGGAAAUGUCGAUGCUUCGUUUGGACACCCACUUCAAUAGCACGGCAGAAGGUCUAGAUGAUCUGCUCGCUCCCAUUGAAGACGCGCAAAAUCACGCAGCUGAAAUUUCAAGCAGGGCGCAGGAACUGGACGAGAUGCUAGCUGACACCAGAGAUGUGUCUAAAAAUGCGGUUGACGCAGCCAAAGCUUACGAAAAUAUUGUCGAGGCAAUUGAGAGCAGCCAGAGUAUUGUGGACGAAGCUAAAAUAAUCGCAGAUGACGCUAAGGAAAAGUCUGCAGGAAGUGCAGAAAAGGCAAUGGAGCGAAAGGCGCAGUCUGAGGAACUCUUGGACCGAGCUAAGCGUGCCCAGGAGAGAGUUGACCUGGAGCUGGCACCAAGCUUGGACCAGGCUUCCGCAGCCGUCGGCGACGUGGAGCGCAUCAACAGGGAAGCCGCCCGCAUCGACGAGAGAAUUGUUCAAAUGCUGGAGUCCCUGCCAACCAGCGACGCCUCGAAGUUGGCUGAGGAGACUCGAAAGGUCAUCGAGAGGAGCGAGUCCGCCGACCGCUCCGCGCAGCAGGCGCUCAGCAGCAUUGAGGAUAUGGUGACCCGUCUACCUGAAUACCUCGAGGACGCUAAGCUAAUACCGAAGAACAUGGAUGACACUUCCAAGAAGUUCGAGGGAUCCACAGCACAUAUCGACCGUGUGAACAAAGUGCUGCCCAACAUCACCAAUCUCAUUGAUUCCGUCAAGGUGGGACAGGAGAAUUUGAAUCGCAGGGGCGAGGACGUUGGCCUGAAAAUUGCCGAGCUGAAGAAACAAGUGAUGCAAGCCAGAGAUCUCGCCAACAGGAUCAAGGUUGGAGUACAGUUCUAUCCAAACACUACCUUGCAGUUGAAGAAUCCUGAAGGCUUGCCUUUGCUCGCUACGUCCACCAAAAUUUCAACUUACUUGAAGACCAGUAAGACAAACGGUUUCGUGCUCUAUCUUGGAAACGCUGUUGGCACCAAGAAUCUGGUCAAGAGGGCAAUCACAGAUGAUUUCCUCGCGUUGGAAAUCGAAAAUGGAUAUCCAGUUUUGACGAUCGACUUGGGCUCUGGUCCACAGAGGAUUGUGAGCGACAAAAAUAUCGCUGAUGAUACUUGGUAUCAAAUCAUCAUAGACAGAACUGGCAAAAAUGCGAAACUGACAGUACGAGAGGAAGACAUCGACGGCACAGAAAAAUUGUACCAGAAAGAAGAGGCAUUGACAGGCACCUACUCGAUUCUUAACCUAGACCAAACAUAUUCCAAGCUCUUCGUUGGAGGUUAUCCUUCCUCCUUUGAGAUCCAGGGAGCGGUGAAGUACUCGUCCUUUGAAGGACAAAUGGAAGAGCUCGUCAUCGGGGAAACGCCAAUUAGUUUGUGGAACUUUGCAGACGCGGUGAACAACCUUCCAGCGAUCGAGAGAAACAAACUCGUGAAUUUGGUGACAAGUACCGGUCUGCGCUUCGAUAGCGAGGGCUACGCGGAGGUUGACGCCCAAGAAUACGUCCGGCCAGAGCAGACAGCUGUCAGUUUCAAAUUCAAGACUUACGCUGAGGAAGGCCUCGUUUUCCUGCUGGGUGAAGAUACCUCGUAUCUUGCAGUUCAGCUUCGCCACGGAAGAGUUGUCACGCAGUUGAACCUUGGAGACGGUCCUAAAGAGGUGGAAUCUAAGGUGAAGUACAACGACGGCAGAUGGCACACCGUGGAGAUUGCGCGAGACAGGAAACUCGGAAACGUCAAGAUCAACCAGAAAACAGAAGGGGUCUUGAACACUCCAGACGCUGCCAAGGAGAGUCUCAUUUCUGAAAAGAUGUACUUCGGUGGCUACCCUGGCGACCACUCCUACCCUGAGCUAACCAACAUCGACUUUGAUGGCUGCAUCGAUGAAGUCGUUUUUGACGGCGAACUUGUAGAUUUGACCCAAACAAAAUCUUUCGGCGUGUCACCAGGCUGUCCAUCAAAGGUUGCUUCCAUCGUCUCAUUCAACGAGCGCCAACCAGGUUACGUGCGCUGGCUCAACGCAUCCUCCGAGAAUUUCCUGCAGCUGACCCUGAAACUACGCUCGAGCGCUCGCAGCGGUCUGAUUUUCCUGGCCAGCAGCAGGGACCAAUUGGCCUUCUUCUCCCUGUCCAUGGUGGACGGUAAACUGGUGCUCAGGAGUCAGGGCAACGAGCUCAGCUCUGACGCCCUGUACAACGACGGAGAAUGGCACGUGCUCACUGCCACGCACAGUGCCAGCGAGCUGAGGCUGGACAUUGACGAUUACGACACGUUCACGUCGGUCCAGCCGCCGUCUCCGCUGUACCUCAAAUGGGGCAACAUGUUCUUCGCUGGCCUGCCAAGGGACUACAAUCCAAAUUCAGGCACGGUUGCAGCUUCGAACGCGUUCGUCGGCUGCCUCGGCGAUGCCACCGUCAAUGGCGUCUUCAUCAACUUCGCCAAUUCGACGGACAGGCCAGGCGCCGUGCUCGGAAAGUGCUCUGGCACUGCUCCUGCCGUCGCCGGCCCAUCUGCGCCCGAAGAGAAGGAGGAAGAGGAAGGAGCAAUCGACAAAGUGCGGCCGACACCUCCACCCGCGACCAUAUCGCCAGAGCCUGAGACGACCACGUUGCCACCCACGACGACCGUCGCACCAGCCCCUGAGCAGUGCAUGCUGCCGCGGCGGCCGGCUGUCGACCGUGACGUCGCCGAGGACAGCCUCAGAUUCGGCCAAGUGGCGAAUGGUCGCCUCGAGUACAAUUCCCUGCCAGGCCAGCUCAAGAAGAAGUUUGAUUUCACCGUCGAAUUCAAAACUUUCGUUGGCGAUGGCGUCAUCUUCUACGUUGGUGACGAGAACCAUAUUGAUCACAUAGCGCUGUACAUGAAGGACGGAAAGGUAUACUACAGCUUCAACACCGGCUCUGGCACCCUGAUCAUCCAGUCGACCGGGUCGUACAGAGACGGCGUUUGGCACACGGCCACCUUCAGCCGCAAAGCCUCCACAGGCAAGUUGAUCAUUGACAACGCGGACAAGGUGGAGGGCACGUCGAAGGGCACCACAAACUCGAUCAACGUCGUGCCACCAUACUACGUGGGAGGCGUGGGCAGCAAGAAUAUCGACGCGCAGAAGAACAAUUUGGGAGGUGUGACCAGAACGUUUGAGGGAUGCUUGCGCAACUUCAAAAUGGGCAACGACAAGCUGGUCGACCUUUCCUUCUCGGCUGGAACGUCACCAUGCUCUGAAAAGGUCGAGGAAGGCGUUUUCUUUUCAGCCGACGGAGGCUACAUCAAGACUCCUGGGCCAUUCAAAGUCGGCAUCGAGAUUCAAAUCAAACUGGAAAUCCGGCCACGCAGCAACAACGGCAUUCUGAUGUCUGUGCACGGCAAGGGUGACUUCUUUGUGCUGCAGUUGAUCGACGGAGCCGUCAAAGCCAGCGUCAACAACGGCAAGAAGACGUCGUUCAGCACCACAUACACUCCGCCAACGCCGUAUCACUUAUGCGACGGAAAGUGGCACACCAUCCAAGUGAUCAAAGCAAGAAAGUUGGUGACACUGACUGUGGACAACUAUUCCGCCGAUGUGGGAGUAGGAGUUGGAAGCAUGACCGACACAAUCUUCCCGCUGUUCAUGGGCAGCCACAGACACUCUGUGAUGCGCGGAUUUGAGACCUCAGACAAGCAGUACGUUGGCUGCAUGAGGAACCUCAUCAUCAACGAGAAAUUGGAGAAAUUGAGCAACUUCGAGGCUCACGGAAACGUCACAAGGAGUUCAUGUCCGACCAACUGAACACCAAACCCCUUCAUGCAGCUGAAAUCGUACAAUUAUGGAAAAAAAUUGAAAGAAAAUGAACGAUAUGAAAUUGCAA